AUGAGCAACGAGAAAAAACACUGUCCAACUACUACUGCUCAGAUAGCAACACGGAGCAUUCACUGUCCAACUAACACUUUACCAGACAUUACUAUCCACCUCCACUAUCAUCAACUGCCAGAUAGCAACAUGGAGCUACUGUCCAACUACUACAGCCCAGAUAGCAACAUGGAGCUACUGUCCAACUACUACAGCCCAGGCCCAGUGUCAUCAACUGCCAGAUAG